AUGGCGGGGGAAGGCGGCGGCGGGCGGGAGGAGCAGGAUGAGCUACUAGAAGCAGUUGCUGCUCAUGCAGUAAGGGAGCAAACAGCUGAAUAUUCAGACGACUUUGAGAGUGACGAAGAUGGCAUAUUAAAUGGUACUGGGGAAGAACUUAAUGAAAGUAAUUCAGGUGUUGAAAGCACUAAGAAAUCAGUUGUUGAGAGUCCUCUCUCAGAUGAUGAUACUUCUCAAAAAGCACCAGAUUUGGAAAAUGAAGCUGCUGAUGACUUGACUUCAUCCAUUCUUGAAAAGAAGCUUCAGCAAAUAAUUCUCUUAGAAAGUGGAAUUGUACAAGAUGACGGAAAAGGUGGUGAAGAAGGUCUAGAAAAUCAAAAUGAGGAUGAUGACAGGAAAAAUAAUGAAGAGUGUUCACCUGCUGAAAAAGUACCAUGUGAUAAUACUGGAAGUGACCACUGUAGUGACUUGCCUGUUGGUAAACUACUUGAAAAAAUAAAUCAAGAGGAAAACAGACCAAUACCAAAGCCACGAAUGCACAAAACAAGAAAUGCUUCAGCAUCAGAUCGAGAUCAGGAGAUCAGCACCAGUGACUUGAACCUGGAGGACAACACUAUAAAAUCCUCUUCUGUAAUGGAAAAACUAAAUGAAACAAAGGAGGAAGUUUUACAAAACACCACAGCUUCUUUAUCUGACAGGUCUCUGUCUUCUGUGCACAUAAAGAAAAAGGCAAAACCUGUUUCAUCUCAGUAUUUGGGAACAUUAAAGGUAUUGGAGGAUAAACACAUGCGGAAGAGCAGUACAGAAUUUGACAAAGCAGAUAGUUUACGAGCAGCUGUUUUCCAGAAUUGGUUGGAAAAGAAAAGGGUCUUUUUAAUGGAAUUAAAGAGAGCUGAAAAGAAGAAGGCUGAAAAUUUAAGGAACGAUGCUGAAAAGAAAGAAGCUUUUAAAAGACAGGAAGCAAUUGCAUCUUUUGAAGCCUGGAAGAAAAAGAAAGGAAGAGAAACAAAGACAUUAAGUGAAAAAAAGAAGCUUGAGGAACUUAAGGAAAAGAAAGCAGCAGAACAGAAUGAGGAGAAAACAGAAGCAGCACAGAAGGCAUUUGAAAAAUGGAAAGAGAGAAAAGUGGAAUACUUAAGAGAGCAAAGCAGAAAAGAAAAGCAGUCUGAAAGAAUCAGAAAGAAGAAGGAGGAGGAACUGGUUGCAGAGAAGAAGAGACACAGCAUGUCAGCAGUUGAAAAAUGGAAUGAAGAAAAGAAAGAAUAUAUUAAACAGAAGAAAGCAGAAAAAACCCUAGAGAGAAGAAAGCAAGAAAUAAAAGAGGCAGAGAAGGAAGAAAAAAAUAAAAAAGCUCUGGAGGAAUAUGAAAAAUGGCUGGAAAACAAAGAGAGAAAAGAGCAGCUUGAGAAGAAGAAAAAGAAGUUGCAGGCAGUCCAUGGGGAUGAAGUGCCUUUUCCCUGGAGUCCACCUGGCAAAGUCACGUAUUCAAUGAAUUACUGAGCAGUCUGUUGCCUUCUAUGAGAAAAGGUGACCGAGAAAGUUGUGAUGGGGGUAGUAAUUAUUUCGAUAACAGCUGAUCUUCACUGGUCCAAUAGAUGUUGCACCCUUUCUUUUUAGUUUCUUUUCUCUCUGGAAUUUAAAUAGAUCAGUUAUCCCUUCCCAUUGCUUUAGAAAAUGUACUGUUUUUUUCUAAUUCCACAUUUAACUUAGUUUUGCUUAGUCCUGUGUUACUUCGUUCUUUUUUUUUUGGUGAAAGUGUACAUUCAGGUUACAUAAAGCUUGCUUUUUUUACCCAAUAAGUAGCAGAAUGGUAAUUUUUAAGUUACUAGGCCACACUGCUGGGGAGUUAAGCCUGGAAGAAAUGCUUUAUGAUGGAGUGGAAUGAUAGGCAAUGAAAUUUUGGCUUUCUUGUGUUGAUAGGAAGAAGACAAAAGGCUAAGUAGGGGGAUGUCAUUUUCAUACACAAAAAGCUACAGAGAACAUAGAUUAAUGUUACAUUAUUAAGUACAUUAAUGUUAAUAGAUUAUGUUACAUUAUGAAAUACAAAAAUAGCUUUUAAAAUAAAACUUUCCUGAAGCAAAAACAGGAUUUAAUGAGGCCAAAACCAGUCAGCCAUAUGAUGGUACAGAAGAGUUAAACUGGAAUCCAUAUAAUGUAAAAUGAUUCAGGACUAAGUAAGACUAGAGCUGUUAAUUCUAUUUCAGGUCUUCAUAUACAUCCCAUACAUUUCCUGGUUCCUACAGGAAGCAACAGCUUUAGAGGCAUGUUUUGCAUUUCACACAAAGUCUUACAUAAAAACUGAAAGGGCAGAACAUUGGUGCUCUUACGAGGCAACCUUAGACACUGAAAGUUAUUAUUUUGGAACUUAAUUUAAGGGUUUCUUUGGUUGUUUUUACAUAAUCAAGUAAAUCCUUCAAAAACAUACUUCCAUCUCUGCUAAUGAGCUAGGUGCUGCAGUUAAAUAACUAAAAUUUCUCCUGUUUUUUUGUGGCUGUUUGCUACCCUAUUUUGGAAGCAAGGGCAAGAGUAUGUGUCCAUGGAGAUCUUCAAAUCUCUUGUUUGCUUACUGUCUAAACUCAAGUUGUUACUUGUGUUUGUAUUUUCUUACUUGAAUUUUAAUAAUACUCCAGAUGAGAUUUGCUCCUCAAGCGUAUAUUCUUAAAAAAACUCCACAAAACCAACUUCACCAACCAAGAAGUAAAAAACUCUAGUCUUUAAAUUAUGUAUGUAUUUUCUCAAAUGAGAAUCUUGCUCCUAUUUGGACUGACAGCCUUCUUGGGAAGUCAGAGGAGCAUUUGAGAAGCAGACUUGCCCUUUUUGCUCGAGUCCUGUGCUGUUCAUAAAUUACUGAGAUGCUCAUUAAUUCCGCAUUUUGUGUAGCACUGCGGAAUCUCCUCAAAAAAGGAAGACCAUGAGGCUGGCAAGCAGAUGAAUUUCUUUGGUUUCCUGAUGUUUCUUGCUUGUUUUGUAAUAUUUUAGUGAGACCCACUGAGGAUUCAGAGGCAUUUAUUUUGGCCAGAACUGUUUACAUUAGUGAAUGCUGUACAGGUGAAAUUGAUUGCUGGUAUGUAUGUAAAAGAGCAAUGACAAGGAUAUCUAUUCUGUCUCAUUGUUGAAUAUGGUCCUGUUCAUUAUUGUUAGUAUGAACUCUACUUCUGUGAAUUCCUAAUUCAGACCUUUUGCAAAGUUUAUUACAGAGGCAGGCCCUGGAAAGCAAAAAGAUAAGGUAUCUUUGUUAAAAUAGUAGUUAGUGGUGUAGGGACCAUCAUUAACCUAAUUUCUAUCAAUCAACAAGGGUAGGGAAGGCUUGUAAAACAUACUGUAUUUCUGUUGCAUGUGAUCUGUUGAAAAUAUCAAGAGGUAUUUGCUAAUCUUCAGAAUAAUGAUGAGGUUCCACUAGUAGUUGUGCUGGAUUCAUGUACAAGCAAAUCAUCUGGCAGAUGAAAUUUGAUCCAUUGUGAGGCGUGGUUGGAGAUUUGAUAUAACUCAUAGGCUAUGAAGUAUUUUUAUUGCAGGAUUAGCUUUUACUAUAUUUCCUUCUAUUUUACAUGACAAAUCUCAGCUUCCAGUGGCCUUUCAUGUACCUUGUUCAUGGUAGCCUUAUUGUGUAUUGUGGUUUUUGAGCAGCUCUGUGCAGGUCCUGUCUCUUGCUUUAAUGUCUGUUUUUAACUCAACAGACAGUUGUUCUGGACCUGGCUGUUAUUCUUUUGUUUGUUUCUAGCUGCCUAUCACUGGGCUGCUCACCCAGAAAUGUGGCUGAAACAGUUUUUGUUCCACUUAAGAGUCUGUAGAGAAGUUGGACUCUUAGGACACCUAUCCUUUGGUCAUAUACAGUCUGCAGAUAGUGCAAACUUGAUAUCUAACAGUGGACUUGCAUUACAAUAGUGACUUUUUUUACCUUCUGAGUCUCAGAUUUAUGCCAAGAGUCAUCACUCAAAUGCUGAGGUAUGGCAGCAUUCAUACAGGCUCAUACUAAGCUCAUAUUUUUUCAUUUGGGAGGGAGACAUCAGUCAAGAAGUGAAGAGGGCAGGAGAGAGGCUGGAGCUUUCAGGAGCACCCUGAGGCCUGCAGUGGGCUCUCGCCCCUGGAGUCUGGCAGUUUGUGUUUUUUCUUGUAGGCUCUCUUCAGAGUGGUACCCAACCCUGCAGUGUUGCAGUGCAUUGCAUUAGCACAGAUGUUUCCAGUUUGGGAAUCUUGCCUCGUAGGUUUUUUGCAGAGAUCCUGCAAAUCCAGACUUUCAUCUGGCUUAAGCCAGCUUGUAGCACCAGUAUUGCAGACAAGUGAAUAUGUGGAUUUCAUAAACUCUGGGUCUGGCUGUUAACUCAUGGCAGGUCAGGCAUUUUUUCCAGCAGAAGUGUUAUCACAGUGAUGGUAUUGGCAUCCAAAGAGACAGAACCCACUGGUGACAGAAACUUUGAAGCUGAGACGAUUCAUGGCCAGAGUAGCGUCAGUGGGCAACCUAGGAGGUAGGAUGAAAUUGCAGGUGUCAGCAGGAGAGACAGCAGAAUUACAGCACAGACAGAAUGCAACAGAACUGCCAACUCAAAAUUCACCCAUCCAAAUUUAAGGAAAAAAUACUUAACAAAUACAGGCAUUUGCACUGGAGCAUUGAUGUGCAUUGUUGGUUCUCUAGGCUUCUAGCACUUGGAGCCUUUAAUUCAGCUUGAAUAUGUUAAGAAACUAUAGCUAUAAUAUCAUGGGGAGAUGAAAUAUGUAGCAGACAGCAGAGUUUGCUGUAUGACUGUCAUGAUCAGAUCAGGAGAGUAUGAGGCAAAGCAGCCUGGGGGAAACAAAUCAUCUGGAUCUUUAUUUUUGCGAUGUCCAGCUAGAGCGAGGUGCCAUUGCUGACAGGCCUGUUGUUUUGGAAUGCAAUUGAAAAGUAUGGUAGAGGUAGUGGCACAGCUAGAAAAGGGUUUAUCAUGUGCCUGUGCCUAAACCAAAUACUGCAUCUUUAUUGGCUUUAAGUUUUUAGAUGACGGGAUGGAAGAAUUUUGACAGAAGAAGGAAUUGGGAAUAUGUUGGUGACAUAUUUCAGAGGAGUGAUAUACCUAGCACUCAAAUAAUUUCACAGCUUUCCAAUCAGAAAAACAUGCUGAAGAUCUGUAGAUGUGGAAAAACAGAUGAUACAACUGUGGUUUUAACUUACAUAAUACGAUUUUAGGAGCUUUGUCUAAUUUUAUGUUGUAGAAACUUGGAUAUGUUACAGCAUGAUCCAAGUGUAGAAAAAAUAGAGCAGAUAAAUAUAAAUAUAUGUACUUUAAUUUAUAAAAAAUGUAUACGUAUCUGUAUAAAUCCUGUUAAUAAGUUUAUUGAUGACAGAGGGAAAAUAUUUUGUGUUUAAUAAAAUCUAUUUUAGUAUAA